AUGACAACCGAGGAACUUCAGACCCUUGUUCUUACAACUCUUGAUGCUAAGGGAUCGAUUGGAAAUACUAAAGAAAUUAAAGAUUCUGAUGACAAGGAAGUGGAUCAGCUAGCAUUAUUAGGCGCCUUGAAAAGUUUGAGUUUGGAUAAAGAGAUGGUCAGAUAUGAAACCAUCGAGGAUGAAAUAUGGGUACUUACAGACGAAGGGAAUGAGAUCGCGAAUAAAGGUAGCCAUGAAGCUAAGGUUUUUGAAGCCAUUCCUGCUGGUGAAGAAGGGAUAGUUAUCUCAGAAUUACAGAAACUUUUGGGUGACACUACUAAAAUCGGUCAAGGGCAAGCUUUUAAAAAUAAAUGGAUCACUAAAAAUGGCAACAACCUAAUUCGUGCUGUUGACUCAAUUGUAGACCAAACACGUAUCGAUUUAGAAACUAUUCGCUCAACAGGAAAGCAUCUUAAUCCAAAGGUGUUGGCCGAAUUAAAAAAAAGGAAAUUGUGUGAUAAACACAAAAUAAUUUCUUAUUCAGUUACAAAAGGGCCACAAUUUUCUCUGACUAUUGAGAAGCAAGCACGUGAUAUAACUGCUGAAAUGCUCCAAAGUGGAGAAUGGAAGCAAGCAAAUUUCAAGAAAUAUAAUUUUGAUGCUCUUGGUAUACCUCCUACUGGUGGUCACCUACACCCGUUGAUGAAAGUUCGCGAGGAAUUGCGACAAAUUUUCUUUGAAAUGGGUUUUGAAGAGAUGCCAACUAAUAAAUAUGUCGAAUCAUCCUUUUGGAAUUUUGACGCGCUCUUUCAACCUCAACAACAUCCUGCACGUGACGCACACGACACAUUUUUUUUAAAAGAUCCUGCAAUUAGCACACAGUUUCCUACCGAGUAUCUUGAACGUGUUAAAGAGGUACAUACUAAUGGUGGAUAUGGUUCCAUUGGAUAUGGUUACAACUGGAAAAUAGAAGAAGCGCAAAAAUUGCUUCUGAGAACACACACUACUGCUGUGUCAUCUUUCAUGUUGUAUAAUCUCGCUCGGAAAAAGGAAUUUAAGCCAGCGAAAUAUUUCUCUAUUGAUCGUGUUUUUAGAAACGAAACUGUAGAUGCUACGCAUUUGGCUGAGUUUAAUCAAGUGGAGGGUGUUAUUGCUGAUAAAGGUCUAACACUUGGAGACUUGAUUGGAUUUAUGGAAACUUUUUUCGGAAAAAUGGUUAAAAAUCUCCGAUUUAAACCUGCUUACAAUCCAUAUACUGAGCCUAGUAUGGAAAUUUUUUCAUAUCAUCAAGGCUUAGGCAAAUGGGUCGAAAUUGGUAAUUCGGGUAUGUUCCGUCCUGAAAUGUUAGAACCCAUGGGUUUAGAUCCAGAAAUACGUGUUAUUGCAUGGGGGUUAAGUUUAGAACGACCUACUAUGAUUAAAUAUGGAAUAGAUAAUAUCCGAGAGCUGCUUGGACAUAAAGUAAAUUUGUCCAUGAUUGAAAGUAAUCCUAUUUGUGCAUUUGAUUUGAUUUGA